GCUACGUGAUAUAUCUCACAAUGCUAGUGAUACUGGGAUCGGGAAUGACGUUUCAGAUAUUAGGCGUAAGAGACAUUUGGAAUAACACUUUCGAACUGGUCGACGCAAUGCCGCUGUUGUUACUCGCUAUAGUGUCUACAAUCAAACUGAUUUUUGCGAUAUGUACGUUGCCGAAGAUAAAACUGUUGCUGAUAAAAAUGCAAGAAUACUGUCUCUCCCAAAAGUCGACUGAGGAAACCGAGAUACAAAACUCGCACGCGUUGUACGGAAGAAAUUUGUGCUACGCUUACACAGGCUUAGUGUUCAGUCACGUCGUAGUCUUCAAUGUUGCGACAUUAUUGUCGAGAUUUGUUCACGUGGAGUCUGAUACGAACGUUACAUUGUCGAACGACGUGCAAGGCGCUCAAUUGGGAUUAGCUUACCGCGUCAAUUAUUUGGUCGAUUUAGACAAAUAUUAUGUUCCAAUAUACAUACACACGACUACGUGCUGUGUGUUGUACAUGUCUUUGAUUGUUGUAUUCGAUGUUUUAUUUAUGACGCUGACUCAUCACUGCUGCGGGUUUUUCGGAGCUUUGAGAUACCGACUACAAUAUGCGUUAGAAGCUGAUGAUAUAACGACAAAAAAUAAAUGUUACUCAAAUAUCGUCUAUAGCAUUCGAAGACACACGGAAGCGGAGGAGUUUGUGGCCAUAGUGAACGAAGUACAUAGUUUACCACUUUUCUGUCACAUAGGAGCGACCAUAAUUGUUUUAAGCGUUUUAGGAUAUCAGGUGGUAACGAACACAAGCGAUAUCAAUCGUCUUUUGAAGCAUGGCAUGUAUCUGAACGGACUUACAAUCAACAUAUUCUUUGAGAACUGGAUCGGUCAGAAAAUUAUAGAUUCCAGCGAAAAAGUGUUCGACGCCGCAUGUAGCGCAGAAUGGCACAGUAUGUCAGUGCCAGCGAGAAAACUUCUUGUAAUGGUCAUAAUGAAAAGUAAACAGCCGCUGAUACUGAACGCCAGCAAAUUGAUCGUAUUGUCGUACAUCACUUUUAACACGAUAUUAGGAAUGAUAGAUGUCUGGCACGACACCUUCGAACUGGUCGAUGGCAUGCCGAUGCUGUUACUUACUGUAUUGUCCUCGGUUAAAAUGAUACUCACGAUACGUACGUUGCCAAAGAUAAAACUACUUCUGAUAAAAAUGCGAGAAUACCGUCUCUCGGAAAAGUCGAGCGAGGAAACUAAGAUACAAAAUUCGUACGCGUUGUACGGGCGAAAUUUGAGUUACGCUUACACAGGUUACGUAUUUUUCCACAUCAUUGUUUUCAAUUUGAUAACAUUAUUAUCGAGGAUCAUUUACAUGAAAUCUAAUAAGAACGGAACAACAUUGUCAUCGGGAAAAGGUGCCCAAAUAGGAUUGCCUUUUCGUGUCAGUCACGAUAUCGACAUGGACACAUAUUACGUUCCCGUAUACAUACAUACAACCACAACUUCUGCGAUUUAUGCGUUCUUCAUAGGUGUAUUUGAUGUUUUGUACAUAACACUGAUUCACCAUUGUUGCGGAUUAUUCGCGGCUCUGAGAUACCGGCUUGAAUACGCGUUUGAGUUCGAAAUGAUUAGAAACAGUUCAGCAACAAAGUUCACAAGAAAUAAAUCGUAUUCAAAUAUCGCUUAUAGUGUUCGGAGACACGCAGAAGCAAUGCAAUUUGUUGACCUGGUGAACGCGGUAUAUAGUUCUCCGCUCUUCUAUCACAUAGCAUCUGCCGUAUUUGCUAUAAGUGUUUUAGGAUAUCAGGCAAUCACGAAUAUGGAACAAGUCAAUCACCUUCUGAAAUACAGCAUUUAUCUGGAUGGACUCUUAAUCAAUAUAUUUGUUGAAAACUGGCUCGGCCAGAAAGUCAUAGACUCGAGCGAAAAAGUGUUCGACGCCGCAUAUAACGCUGAGUGGUACAACAUGUCAGUAACGACAAAAAAGCUUCUUGUGAUGAUCAUAAUGAAAAGUAAGCAGCCCGUGAUGCUAACCGCCGGCAAAUUAAUCGUGCUGUCAUACGUUACCUUCAACACGCUGCUGUACGUGCAUAUUGCCCUGAUGGAUCUCGACGAUUUGUUCGAGUGUAUUCCAACAAUAUUAAUCACAAUAUUGUUCAGCUUCAAAUUAGGCAGUUUAAUGAAGAACAGCGAGAAAAUAAUGAACUGUUUUAAAACAAUAGAAGACGAUUGGCUGUCACUGAGCACCGAUAGCGAGAGAGCCAUUCUACAUCGACACGCCGUGUACGGACAGUACGUGACGAUAUUUUACGCAGCUUUCAUGCAGCUAACAGGAUUCCUGUAUAUGCUCAAGUCGAUCGUGCUGAUAAUGAUCGAGGAUACUUCCAACUCGACCGGCCUGGCGGUGACAAAGCUGCCUUUUCGUGUGGAAUAUGGCCACACGAUCGAUCGGUAUUUUUAUCCGAUACUGAUUCACGGUUACUUGACCGUGUUUUCUCAUGUGACCGCCACAGUGGCGACCGACACCUUGUAUAUUUCCCUGGUCCAGCACGCCUGCGGGAUGUUUUCGGUCGUUGGAGACGUGUGUAUUAUCGCCUCAUUGAAUCGCGAAAUCUCAAUCUCGGAAGAGAUCGUUACGUUAUUUCGUAAUCUGGAAAUGAAUUUGCCAAGAACGUUUAUUAUUUUAGCGGCUUUUAGACACUCGCUGGAACAUAUUGGCGAAUACAACGACGCCAGUUUUGAUCUGACGCCCGACAAAGCGAAGGACCACAGUUACAACAAAGCUCUCGAAUUCGCGGAGCUGAUCGAAUCCACGUUCACAACUAUAUUUCUCGUCAGCAUUAGCAUAAACAUGGUCGGCGGUAGUAUAUGCGGCAUUCAGAAAACGUGCGUGUUGAAGGUGUUGAUAAAUUUGAACAGCAGCACCAAGAAAGAUAUAGUAGCGCCCAUCGCUAUCUACGUUGCUCAACUCACCCAUCUUUUUCUGCACUUCUGGCAGGCGCAAUUCUUGUUGGAUUACAGCACCGUUCCGUACGAGUCGAUUUGCAGAGCAAAUUGGUAUCACACAUCGAGUAGAUGUAGGAAGCUCCUGCUUCUGAUCAUGAGCAGAACCGCGUCGCCGUGCAGGAUAACGGCCGGCAAAGUGAUGACACUGUCCAUCGAAUCUUUCGGCGUGGUUCUCAAGACAUCGAUGUCUUACUUUACAAUGUUGCGCUCCUUCCACUGA